UGUAUUGAAUCAAUCAAUAGUUCGUUAUGUCUACAUGCGAAGAGCUGUUACGUGAUACAUUCGUUGUACAAUUAAUUAAAAUGGUGAUACCUAAGUUUGAUAGUGUUUAAAAGGAUUUUAAACGUAGAUAAAGAAUAUGUAAAUAUAUACCAGCCAGAACGCGCGAUAUUUUGCCUUUGAGCAUAAUUAUUACUAAUAAAAUAAUUAUUGGUUAAUUAGCUAGUUGACCUAUUGAUAUCAUUGAAAAACACGACGCGUAAGCCAGGCUAUUGGAAAAAGGGUGAACACUUUUGUCAGUAUGAGAUUGUAAAUAUUGGUCAAAAAAUGGAAAAGGAAUUCGCGUUAAUAGUGAUUCUUUGUCAUACGCUUUGUAUUUGGAGAUGUGCACGAGCUGAAACAGUGACUAUUUCGUCCGACACAUGUGGAGAUUAUUUCGACUUUGGUUCAGAUUCAUUUAUUGGGCCGGAUGUUACUGUCCUCUACAAAGGAGACCCCGUUAACACACGACUUGAAGAUGGAUGUUACAUCAAGCUUGUUAACUGGGAUUCAUUUCAACAAACCAUAUGCAUAGAUGUUUUAACAAUGAAUAUAAACAGUUGUAGAACUAAUGUAUCGAUAUAUCGAAAUAUUAUAAGCAAAUAUUUGGAUCCAAAAAAGUCAUGGAGCUGCGGGUCCUCCACCUGUUGCACAUGGUGUGGUACGACGAGAACUUCCAAUCUGUAUGUCCUGGUGAAGUCGUCACACGCCGCUAGUCUUCCUGUUGUUGACGAUGUGAAAUUGCGCUUUUACAGAAAAGGAUUGCCAGGUCGUAAAUCGUAUGAAAGUGAGACCAGUUCUUCCUAUACAGUUGGCAUAGUAGUAGGACUUGUAUUUGUACUGGUCUUCAUAUUCAUUAUUGCGUGUGUAGUGGUAGCGAGGAAACGUCGACAGAGGAUGACGAACAUGCCACAUGUCCUUUACCAAGCUACGCCCAUUCCUGCAAAUGGUUCAAGCCAACCUCAAUAUGGACAACCGGCGGCUGGAUACAGUCCAUACCAGCCCCAUCCAAACACAAAUCAAUACCAACCGGCUGUUACUCCGUCCGCACCAGCGUUGGGAGGAAUGGCAGUCACGACUCAGGCGAAUAUUUACGAUCCGAACGCACCACCUCCGUCCUAUGAAGACUGCAUAAAGACAUGAGGGAAACACUAGUUUAGUUUAAACUUAUUUAUUUUACAACGAUUGUGAAACAAGUAAUAAUAACAUUAUAUUAAUCACUCCCGUUGACAUGACGUUACGCGUGAGAGUGGUCAUGUGAUGUGGGGGGAACCGGAGUACCCGGAAACCCACUUGUCCGGCUUGGCGACCACAUACUGAACUCACUCAAACACACCAAAAGAGAAACACUUCAUGUAUUAACAUACAAGAAGGAUUUAGAAUUUAUUUCCAAACACAUUUGUGCCAAAUGCCUAUGAAUAUACAUACAUAUUCUAAUUACAAACAUUCUUUUUUUCAAAACUUUGUCGGCAAUGUGUAAAAUAUUUUUACACAUUAAGCAAAUGAACAAAAACAGGUUGUACAACCAUAUGAUCGAUAUUUCUACGACCUGCUACGACUUUUAAGCAAUAUAUAGAUAACUUGUCAUAAACGUUAUCACGGCAUAUACAUGUUUUGUUUCAUAUAUAAAUGCUUACUGAACUAACUAACGUAUGCGUUAAAUAUGUUCUGACAAUAUGAUCACUGUGUGAUACUGAAUGUAUGUUUAAACUACAUUUAUAUUUAUAUAAAUACUUAUAAUGUGCUGACUUUGUGUUUAAACUGCAUUGAUGUGUAUAUAUACUUAUAAUGUGCUGAAUUUGUGUUUAAACUGCAUUGGUAUGUAUAAUUAUAUACCUAUAAUGUGCUGAAUUUGUGUUUAAACUUCAUUGAUAUGUAUUUCUCCCACCUCAGAUAAGUAGAUCCAAAAAUUUAACCAUGCUAGAAAUGCUUAUCUUGCCCACGGGCAAAGAUAAAGCAAGUACCCGUAUGGAACUCUAUUAAAUGGUCAUCACAUUGUAAUUACCUCAUUUGUUGAAGACUGUCGUCUGUAGCAUCAUAAAAACCUUGUCUUGUGGCAAUAUUUAGAAUGCUAAUAAAUUAUUUCUCGCUUCAAAUGUCGCCAUAGAAAUGUUUUCACACACCUUUCAAGAAAUAAUGCUUCAUUCUCCUCAGAACUAUUUAAAAACCGAUUUGACUAUUAACAUAAUCUGAGUCACCGCGCGCAUAUCCAUGACAACCACGAAUUAUCACAUAUCCAUACGCAUUUAUUUUCACUACGCACAAAAGAGUUCCAGCAAUUUUUUUUUACUGAAUUUUGUUUAACUGAGGUGGGACAAAAAGCAUCUGCCAUAGCCGUUCGUGUAAGACAGGUUCAUCCCAACCCUCGCGCAGGGUGUUUUGCAGAAACCUCGUUUCCGCAAAACACCCUACGCUCGGGUCGGGAUGAACCUAUCUUACACUCUCGGCCAUGGAAGAUACUUAUAAUAUACUUAUAAUGUGCUGAAUUUGUGUUUAAACUGCAUUGCUAUGUAUAUAUACUUAUAAUGUGCUAAAUUUCUGGGUUUUUUAAACUACACUGAGUGGCAUACGUAUAUAUUUAAUGGUAUUCUGAAUUCCAGUUAAAAAUAAACGUUAUUCCGGAUUUCGGUUUAAAGAUAAGUGGUAUUCCGGAUUUCAAGGCGGGAGUUGGGGUUCGAGAUGGGGGUCAACAUCUUCAACAAUUGAACAUUCUAACUUUCGUUGAUUUAUGAGUUUUAUUCAUGAG